GUGAACAGCAAUCAUGUCCGCCGCAACAGAUAAGGCUCGAUUCUUCCUCGAGAAGUCAGUGCCUGAGCUCAAGGAAUAUGAGCGCAAGAAGAUUUUUACCAAGGAUGAAAUUUCCUCAAUUGUCAAAAAGCGGUCUGAUUUCGAGCACAAGCUCAACGCGCGUGGUGCACAGCCAGUGGAUUUUGUGCGCUAUGCUGAAUACGAAAUGAACCUCGAUGUGCUGCGAAAGAAGCGGGUGAAGCGACUUGGGAUUCGGUCAGCAGGAUUCAACGGCCAGCGACGCAUUUUCUUCGUUCUCGACCGAGCUACACGCAAGUUCCACGGCGAUAUCAACCUCUGGGUCCAGUACAUUGAAUACGCUCGCAGACAAAAGGCACACAAAAAGCUCCAGAUGAUUUUCACCGAUGCUCUGCGACUACACCCUACCAGCGCCGACUUAUGGGUUUAUGCCGCUAAGCACGUCCUCGAUGACCACGGAGAUAUGACACAGGCACGGAGUUACAUGCAGCGCGGUCUACGGUUCUGCAAGAGCGCGAGGACAAUUUGGAUUCAAUAUGCAAAGUUGGAAUUGAUUUACAUCGCAAAGCUGGUCGCUCGCCAACGGAUUCUCGGUCUUGACGAGGAGAGCCAGAAGCCCGAGCCGAUUCAAGAAGAAGUCGACGAUACCGAUGCCGACAUGAUUGCGCUCCCGUCACUCACAGCUGAGGACAUCAACCCGAGCACAGGAACGGACGGAGAAGUAGACCAGGUUGCGCUGCAAAACCUGAACUCCACACCUGCUCUGACCGGUGCUAUCCCGCUCGCCAUCUUUGAUACCGCCACAAAGCACUUCGACCAUGAUGAUCGGUUCGGUCAGGAGUUCUUUGAUAUGGUCUGGGAAUUCCAGGAUGCGCCUUGUCUUCGCAAGAUUUUGGAACAUGUGAUUGAGACGAUGCGCGCCAACAAGCCUUCCAGCCCCCGGACACAGAUCUGCUACAUCAAGUUCCCGACCGCUGGAAUCCCCCCUACUUCGGCUGAAUUCCCACGGGCGCUUGGUAGCUCGCUUGCCCGCCUCAGGGAGUAUCCUAUGGGCAAGGAUCUCGCACGCCAAGUGAUCAACUGGCUUCAGCCUGUUCAGGCAACAGAGGGCCUGGAUCCUUCGUUGGAGAAGGUUAUUGCUGCUACCAUCCGCAAUGCGGAGCGCGCAGCGAAGGAGUAG